AUGAACGCAUACGUACACGUGCAGACCAUCAUGACGUCAAUUAGGCCCGCUUCCGAUGAUAUUGGUGCAAUAUCGUAUGUUAUAUCUGACGAUUUGAGCCAAACCGACGAUUCCAAACUUUAUUUCUCUCCAGACCGUGGAAACGUAGUGUUCGCCUCAGCCGCAGACGCAUGGGGCUUCCGGCCAUCUGAUUUCUUGACUUUGUGGUCGGAAAAGUUGAAUGUUUCUGUGGAUGAGCUAGACAAAUUUUUAUGGGGAGAUUACUAUAUCAGUCGAAGCCCGAAUGAAGGUUGUGGUGGACGUACUGUGUUCAAGUCGGAUGCACAUUCGAAUGGGCGAAAGCCGGUCUUCGUUCAGUUGGUGUUGGAACCGUUGUGGAAAGCUUAUCAGACCUUGAUUGUUGACAAGCAUCUGGAUGAAGUGUUCCCGAUGGCUGAGAAGUUGAACAUCCACUUGGAUCCUCGUGCUGUUCGCGGUGCGAAUUGUCGCAGUGUCCUCCGUGCCUUCCUCAUGGCCUGGCUCCCAUUGGGACAGCAUUUGUUAGAAACCAUCACUGAUGUUUGUCCAAGUCCGCUGGAGGCUAUGUCUGUGGAACGCGCUGUUCGCAUGCUUUAUGGGGAUAACGUCAGCUGCCCUCAGGGAGAGUUGCAACCGCACCGAUCAGUAAAUGCAGUCAAAUUUUCCGAUGCGAUGGUAGCCGCCGAUGUGCCUCACUCUUUUCCGGAUCACAUAACCCCCAACUCGGAUGCCUGUUUGGCCAUCCAAGCCACCAGUUCUUCACCUGAUGCUCCUACAAUCGUUUUCGUGGCUAAAUUAUUCUGGACCGAUAAAAUUCAGUUGUCAACCUCAUCUUUUCUGACGCCAGACGCACCUAUGAACACUUGUGAUGGACCAAUACAUCCAAUCGGACCAGAGUCUACUUUGACUGCUUCUGGGUCUUCGCAAUCUGCACUUCCCCCUCUUCCAACACCUAUUAAUCUUCUGGCCACUAUGGAGUUCGUGGCGCUGGCUCGAAUCUUUAGCGGCUCCAUCUACCCAGGACAGCGGUUAUUUGUGCUUGGACCCAAAUUCGAUGGCAGCAAGGUUCCACGUUACUUGAUGGAUUCUGAUCCCUCGGAUCUCCCCGUCGGACCGAUACGUAUCAACACAACAGAUGGUCCUCAACGUUUCCUUUCUUCUGAAGGUGACACAAAUCGUCUAGAUCAAGUUUCCAGCACGAACUGUAUCAAGUCACCGGACCUCGAAUCCUCAGGCUCCAGCUACGAUUCAACUGACGUCCUACAUUCCGGUGUCACAUACUUGAAGCACGCUUAUGUGGCAGUGGUGGAGCGUGUCAUUCAAUUUAUGGGUGGUCAGCGUGAUUUAAUCGAAGUCAAUCACCCGGUUCCGGUGGGCAAUAUCGUCGGUCUGACUGGGACGGAUCUGAUCAACUUCUUACCCAAAUCCGGUUUACUGGUUAGUCGUCUCUCCCUAGUGGCCAGUAAAGAGGUGAGAUCACACGAGGGCGUCAUCCUUUCGGCUCCGUCCACCACGUUAAGUGGACUUGCUUUGUGGUACGGUCCUCCAGUCGUGUCGGUUGCUAUUGAACCAGCGUCUGCAGCGAACCCCGAAGAUUCGCAACGUCUCGAACAGGGUUUGCGCCUGUUAGACAAGUCUGAUCCAUGUGCGGAGGUAAGUGGAGCAGUAUUUGCGACUCCAUGUACAACACACAUAUUCGAACUGCUCUUCUCAGUGUGCCUCAUUGAAGAUCUUACUACCACAUUCGAAGUUCGCUCUCACGACUGCAUCUUCGCUGCAUUGUUCUCCUUCCGUCGUCUUUUCACUACGAACUUACUGAUUGUGGAUGCGUUGUAUGGAACAUUUAUUCGCUUCCAACCAUCAUCUGCAGCGCAUCACAUUCGAUGUCACUUUUCACCCAGUUGGCAGCAUUUCUCAUGCCGUCAUGACGAAUCUCUGAGUCUGAACGCGGUGGACAGUUUCUCUUCCAUUAGACUACGCUUGUGUUACUUUCACGUAAAUGCGAAGCCAAUUCUGCCAAACUUUAGAGUGGUUAGGGGCUUGUCUAAUUAA